AUGUUUGUCCUAGCCUUACUCCCCCUCCUUCCCUUCCUCGCCCUCGCCUUCCCAACUCAACAACAACCAUUCUCAUUCACCCCCGAGGAAUCGUUGAACAACAAGAUUAAUCCCCUUAAACACUUAUCAGCAAUCUCACCAUUCUACAUCCCUACCGAGAAACCUACACCUCUCCCACCGAAGUGCGAGUUGGACAGAGUAUCUUUGUUGAUCAGGCAUUCAAGCAUACAAGGGAACGAUGAUGAGUUUGAGCAGACUAUGAAACCCUUCAUCGACAAGAUCCAGAAUAUACCCAAGGAGGAUCUACCUAAAGAAGGUCCAUGGAAGUUUCUGAGAGAUUGGGAUACACCGAUCAAAGAGGAGACACUGGAAGUUGUUUCUCCACAGGGAAAGAAGGAUGCUAAAUUCCUCGGCAAAUAUAUCAGAGAUCAAUAUCAACCUCUUUUCCCACCUAAAAAGAAGACAUCCACAAAGAAAGAUAAGAACAAGACACCCUACAAGGUAUGGACAGCAAGUUCAACAAGGGACAUUGAUACUGCCAAAUCGUAUAUCAAAGGUGGAUUCCCAUCGCAUCAAUCGGGAGAUGAUGGCGAAGGUGAUGGAGAGGUAGUUCAACUGGUCAAGGUACCGAAUAAAGCUAAAGAUUGGGAUAGAUCCUUGACGCCGCAUAAAGCAUGCGAUACCUUUGAAAAGGAAUCAUCUUUAGAGCCUGCGAACAAGUGGUUAGGAGUUUAUGCACCUAAAGUGAUUGAGAGACUUAGAGGAACCAUCCCUGAAAUUGCGGAUCAGUUGGUAGAUCAGGAUAUCUUGGCUAUGCAAAUGCUAUGUGGCUACGAAUCCAUCGCUGUCGGUCACUCGCACUUCUGUUACCUAUUCACCGACGAAGAAUGGUUAGAUGUAGAAUACUAUUUCGAUGUUAGAUUCCACUAUAUGAUGGGAUACGGAUCUUCCCUCUCACCAUACCUGGGUAUGCCAUGGGCCAAGACUGCCAAACAUCUCUUGGCGGGUAAAGAUACGGACGGUGAUGAUAAUGGAGGACAUGCACCCAAUCAAGGCGAUGAAGGGACACUAGGUAAUUUCAAGAAGGGUGGGAAAUUGCCUGAACCUAAGUUGCCGCCAAAUGCUACCCACACCCAAUUACUUCACCCCUCAUUCACCCAUCGAGAAUCACCAGCAUUCGUAGCAGUCUUCCUGAACUUAUUCAACUCCUCAUCUCACCCUCAUCCUGCAUCUGAGGUUCCACCAUUAGAUCACAGAGUCGACGACCGAGCAUGGAGGACAAGUCAUCUCGUCUCUUUCUUGGGGCACGUGGCGCUUGAACGAUUCCAUUGCAAAGGAGAUAAAGAAGAAUAUGUGAGGGCAGUUGUAAAUGGUCGAGCGGAGAAAAUGAGCGGAUGUGAGGAUGGUGAAGAAGGGAGCUGUAAGUGGAAGACAUUCGAUAAGUGGGUUGAUGAGAGGGCGCAAAGAUGGGGUGAUUGGGAGAGCGUCUGCGAGAAAUAG